ACAGCACGGAACACAACCAAAACGUGCACAUCUGCGUUAUCCGCUUAGCCCAAACGUGGACACUGGCUACGUAGUUCGUGCUCACGUGUUUAAUGCCCAUAGCGGGCGCAUCGCGUUCGAGGAUCGCGUAAAACCGGGCUGACAGCUCUCAGGGCCUCUCUCUGCUCUAACUACCCAAUGGUGGAAUUGCCGUGAAGUUUGGCUCUGUCCACGUGCGCGCGAUAGUUAACGGUUAUGUUUUCUAUGAGCGCAUCGAGUGUAAUCAAUUACACGUGAGAUUAGAUUCAAUUGCAGGGACAAGUAUUCAAUCAUGGCGUCGUACCGUAUACAUAACAUAAGAUUUUACAAUCUGGAGCCGAAGUCGGUGACGUGCCUGUGUCACGAAUCGAAAACGGAGAAGUUGGCUCUCGCAAGGAACGACAACUCCAUCGAAAUCUGGAAUGUGAAGAACGCACCGUUUGUCGAGUGCACCAUAGCCGGUCACGCCGAGAACUCAGUGGAGAGCAUACUCUGGAUCGACUCCAGGCUGUUCACGACGGGUCUUCACGGCGCGGUAGUCGAGUACGAUUUGGAAACGCUGAGUGUCAAGCACGAAGUCAUGGCGAUAGGAGGAGCAGCCUGGUGCAUGGACGUGAACCGAGAGAAAACCCGCCUGGCUGUCGGCACCGAGGACGGAUACAUCAAUACCUUCACUGUGCAUAAAGAGAAACUGAUCUACGAGAGAAUAUUUGAUAAGCAGAAAGGGAGGAUUUUGUGUAUCAAGUGGGACAACACAGGCGAGAUGAUCUACACAGGCUCCACGGACACUGUCAGGGUAUGGAGCGCCAUAUCCGGGCACGCGAUACAUAAAAUGACAACUUCCAGAAGUAACAUGAAGGAGAGCACGAUAGUUUGGUGCCUCGCGGUCACCGACGACAAUACGAUAAUAUCCGGCGAUUCUCAAGGCUUCUUGUGCUUCUGGGACCCUCAGAUGGGAGUCUUGUUAGAGUCCCACGAGAGCCACACAGCGGAUAUAUUGUCUAUCACCUUGUCGCGCGACAUGAACGUGGUAUACUGCGCGGGCGUAGACCCAGUUGUGAGGACCUUCUGCAAAGUUAUCCUGAAAUCGAGUGGAAAGCCCCAAUGGGUGAAAGGGAUCGAGAGGCGGUUACAUACUCACGAUGUCAGAGCGCUCGUAGAAGCCAAUGGUAAGCUCUAUUCGGCUGGGGUAGACGGUUAUCUCGCAGUGUCGAGUUACCCGCCGAAAAAUCUUGUAAAAUAUCCACCGCUGUUGCAACCGCCCUGUGCCAUAAUCUGUCAAAAAUCUAGAUGCAUCCUGUUACGGUACAUAAACUAUCUGGAGCUGUGGAGACUUGGCUCGGUCACCAAAGAUCCGCCAGAAUUAAUACGCUCCUCCAUGCUGCAUCAAUUAGAUGAGGAACCUAUCAAGCUGUUGCAGUUACAAACCAAGGGUAACGAUAGCAUCAUCUCUUGCGCUAUUAACAAGGACUCCAAGACGAUCGUCUACUCGACAGACACCCACGUCAGAGUCUUCAAUUUCGAUGUGGUGGAGGGAGAUGCUCAGUUGUCGAGAAACGACACCGACUUAUCCAUGAAACGAAUACAAAAGAUGCUGUUCAGUCCAAACGGUAAAUUAUUCGCUGCCAUUAACAACGACGGCAGCAAGAAUACCGUGACGCUGUUCAAAGUGAGUAAGAAGAGCUUGAGUCUCAUCGGGUCGUUCCAGACGACGAGGGAGUCCAUUAAGAACGUUGGCCCCGUGUGUUUCUCUCCGGACAGCAAGUAUCUCGUAUGCGCGGACCAGCGACGCGGCGUCGCCGUGUAUUUUAUCGGCGACGGUGUAACGGCAGAGUCGCUCAAGGCCUGGCAGUUGCCCAAGUACAGUUGUCCGGUGACGGCGAUGGCCGUGCAGAAAAGUACGCUUAAUCUGGUCGCGGUGUAUUCCGAUCACAAGAUCGUCGAAUACAACAUUCUUACGAAGGCCUACACGGACUUCUCUGACAACCUGCAAAAUCGGAUAUCGAAGCAGUGGCUAGCGCGCCCGUUCCCGAUAACGAACGUCAUGUUCGAUCCGCGCAACGAAAAUGUCAUAAUAAUGCAGGACGACUCGAGCGUGUACAUUAUGAAUAAAAACGGCGAGAAUUUAUUGGACAGAGAAGCGAAGGUUCCUAAGCGCGAAAAUGGGGAAAGCGCGGAAGACAGCAAUUCACUUUCCAGCUCGCAGUCUCAACAUACGUUUCAAGUUGUCAAGAAGUACAAGCACCUCGCCUACUUAAAUUGGCUGAACAACGAGGAGCUGGUGGCGAUCGAGGUGAAUCCUACCUCGCUCUUGGAGAAAUUACCGCCUCCGCUAAAACAAAAAAUUUUCGGCAUGUAAAUAUUGUGCAUACGAGCAUCCUGUUAACGAUAAUCAAAUUUGUACUCUAUUUUUACAGUAAAUGCCGCUACUGCAGUUGGCUGCUUCGAAUGCGCCAUUUCGAUGUUAUCUUCGA